AUGAGUGACCCACUCUCCAUUGCAGCCAGUCCUGCAGGCCUGCUUUCACUCGGCAUCCAGGUCUCGGAGUCAUUCCUCAAGUUUUAUGUCGCCUAUAAAAAUCAGGAUGAUAACAUCACUCGAGUAUCGAAGAAGCUGGAGAACCUUCUUGCCGUCUUUCGAUCGCUCCAAGCUACCCUGGAGGCCCGCGAGUUUCAUCCCGGAGAGGAAAAGCUCGUUCAGAGUAUCGAGGAUUCCAUCAACGACUGUAAGGAGAUUAUUCAAGAGUCUGAAGAUGAAAGCAAGAAGUAUGUCAAAGCUCCGGAUAUUGGAGCUCGAGACAAAAUCAAGACUGCUACUCGCCGUGUGGCCUACCCAUUUCGGGUCAGCACUUUGAACAAGCUCGAGGAAGAUACUCGUGAUAUUCAAGUCAAUCUGGGAUUUGCAUUGAUGGUUCUCAACCAAGGUGAUCAGAGGGCCAUUCAUGAUGAUUUGAUCGAUGUCAAGUCACUGCUCGAAAGCUUGCAGGAAAUCCAAGUUUCCUCGGCUAUACGCAGUUGGUUGGAUGCGCCAGACGCUACGGUCAAUCACAAUAGCAUAUGUGCAAAACGUCGGGCAGAGACUGGGAUUUGGUUCAUUGAUGGAAAGCAUUAUCAUGAAUGGUUGGACUGGGACAACUCAUUUCUGUGGUUGAAUGGGUUCGCGGGAUGCGGCAAGUCGGUCUUGUGCUCAACAGUCAUCCAGCAUACAUUCCUACAGAAAAUACUCAAGGCCGACGUUGGAAUUGCCUUUUUCUACUUCACUUUCAGUGACCAAUUCAAGCAGGAUGAAUCAGCCAUGGCGAAGUCUCUUCUGUUGCAGCUGGCAGGACAGCGGAAAGAAUGCGAGGAUGACCUUACUGUUCUUUAUAGGUCGCACCAGACAGGAACACCUCACAUCAAUGCUCUUUUAACAUCCCUGCAGAAAAUGAUUCAAAGAUUCCGCUACGUGGAAUGCCAGUUUAAAGCGCUGCAGCAGUGUCCCGGAACCAAGAUUCAUCUUCGAAAAUGUCUACAAUCAUUACCUCGAAGCCUAGACGAGACCUAUGAGCGAAUGCUUUGCAGCAUUGAUGAAGGCUGCCUCGACGACGCACGCCGCAUUUUGACAUUGCUAUGCUUUUCACUUGUGCCGCUCACCAUGUCAAAGCUGCUCCAUGCACACGCAGUAGACCUCGAGAAUAAUAAACUUGACAUUGAGGACCGAAUCCUGGAUGCUGAAGGUGUUAAAGAAAUUUGUAUUGGUCUGAUUGAGGUUGUGCCGCAUGAAGAUCACCAUGAAGUUCGAAUUGCUCAUUUUUCAGUGCAAGAAGAUCUAGUGUCCGACCGCAUCAAGACACAGGGUGCAAAAUACCUUGCAUUAGAGAGCGCCUCUGCGCAUGAUGUCACAGGGCAGAUCCGUCUCGUGUACCUUACAGAUCCAGGACCAUCUUCGCUUCAAACGAAAGAGAACAUUGUGACGACUUUCCCUCUAACAAAAUACGCUGCAGAAUUCUGGCAUGGGCAUUACAACAAGGGAAGAAGAUCCAUCCUCGAAUCAAAAAUUUUUAUUUUGAAGAUUUUGACUGAGGAAGGGGCAUUCAUGACCUGGAGAAUGUUUCGUGAACGCAAAAGUAGGCGUCAGUCGGAGCCAGAAUUCGACCUCGUCGUAAUCCAACUACACUACUGCGCCCUAUUUGGGUUUGAAUGGGCCAUCGACCAUAUCUUGAAUACCGGAAUAAGACUCGGAUACAGCAUAAAAGACAUUUUAAACGAUCAUGGCUUAGCACGUUUUGAUGCCCUGCAAGCUGCAGCCUCUUGUGGUCAUCAUACUGUGGUCCAAUUUCUACUAAACAAGGGUGCUGAUGUCCUUAUCCAGCGUCAAAGCUAUGAUUAUGCUUUGCAGGGCGCAUCAAGACGAGGCCAUCAUAAUGUGGUGCAGGUGCUACUAGUCAAUGGCGCCAACGUCACUAUUGGCAGUGAAAGCUAUUGUAAUGCUCUACAUUCCGCAUCAAGACGUGGCCACCGUUCAGUGGUGCAGCUAUUACUGGAUAAUGGCGCCGAUGUCAAUGCUCGGGGUGAACAAUAUGGCACUGCUCUCCGGGCUGCAUCAGCUCAUGGGCAUUACUCAGUGGUACAAUUAUUACUAGACCACCACGCUGAUGUCAAUGCUCAGGACGGAAUAAAUGGCAAUGCUCUACAGGAUGCAUCGAUUCAAAAAGAUCCUUCGGUGGUACAGCUGCUGCUAGAGCGGGGUGCCGAUGUGAAUAUCCAAGGCGGAUGCUAUGGCACUACUCUACAGGCUGCGUCAAUUCAAGAGAAUUUUCCCGUGGUAGAGCUAUUGCUGGACCAGGGCGCUGAUGUCAAUGCUCAAGGCGGUUAUUAUGGGACUGCUCUACAGGCAGCAUCAAUUCAAGAAGAUUCUUCGGUAGUACGGUUACUGCUCGACCGGGGUGCUGAUGUGAAUAUCCAAUGUGGAUAUUAUGGCACUGCUCUACAGGCUGCAUCAACUCUAGAGAAUGUUUCAAUGGUGCAGUUGUUGUUAGACCGUGGCGCUGAUGUGAAUUCCACCAGCAGUGGAAAGUAUGGCACUGCUCUACAGGCUGCAUCAUGUUGGGGGCACACUUCGGUGAUGCAGUUACAGCUUGGCAGGGGCGCUGAUGUAAAUGCCCCCAGUAGUGGAAAGUAUGGCACUGCUCUUCUGGCUGGAUCACGUUGGGGGCACACUUCAGUGGUUCGAUUACUGCUAGACCGGGGCGCUGAUGCGAAUCCCUCAAGCAGUGGAGAAUAUGGCACUCCCCUACAGGCUGCAUUGCAAAGGGGACACAUGAGCGUGGUGCAAGUUCUGCGUGAUGCAGGGGCAGUUUGA